GUGUUGAGCGCUGAACGCACAGGCGACAAAAAGAAAAUAAUUGUCGCAUUCAAUUUGUUGAGAGUUUUCUUUCGCGCGAUUAGAAACGCUAUCAAGUCGCGGCUUUACGAAGGUGGUGCGAUAAAAAUCGCUUGAAUUCGGCAAAAAUAUUGGCCAUAUAAAACGUUGUUGCGGGCAUUUUGUUGUUGUUGCAGUUUGGGGCAUCUUUUGUUAAAAAGCCACACGAAUUGGGGUUUUUUUCUGGUGUCUGUCGAAUUUUGUGGCCCGCGCGCAAAACUUGAAUUUUUAAGCUGAUUCCGCAAAAAAGCAAAGUCACAACAAAAACCAAUACAAAAAGCAUAAAAAGCAAAAUAAAAUCAAAUAAAAUCAAGCUAAAAACAUAUGCUGAUGCGAGCAUUGUGCUGAGAAAGAUACAGAGAUACAAGUGAAGUGACAUGUGAAGUGAGUCGAGAUACUUUAUCUAUAUUGUCCUGGAUUAAAUAUAUUUCGGGUAUCUCGAUUGCUCCAUACAAAAAAUAAUACAUAUAUCAUGUGCUAAGCCAAGCAGCCACGAUCAACUUCAGUUAAUCCUCAGCUCAACCAAUUCGAAAUGCUGGAGAAACAAAGCGCCAUUUCAGUGUCCGGCUCCUGCUGCAGCUCCACGGCGACCAAUGCGGACCUGGACUACGAUGUGCCCGUGUCGCGGCGCAUUCACAUUAAAUCGAAACUUUAUGCUAGAGCCAUUUAUGAUAAUCACGCCGACGAUCCGGACGAGCUGCCCUUCAAGAAGGGCGACAUCCUCACAGUCAUCGAACAGAACACCGAAGGCAUCGACGGCUGGUGGCUCUGCUCGCUGCGCAACCGACAGGGUCUUUGCCCCGGCAACCGGUUACGCAUCUUGAACUCGUACGAUUCGGGCUGUUUCUCACCAUCGCCGGCCAGUUCGCCAAUACCCUCGCUGGCGGCCAGUACGGCCACAUUGAACAGUUCCAUCUGCUCGGCGGAGAUCUAUGAGAACGGUUCCAUCAUCAGCGCAUCGGGUGCAUCUGGCAGCAAUGCGGACAGCCAAUCCACAGGCUCAGCCUCAUCCAACGGCCAGGGCCGCGGUGCACGCAGAUCGUGGCAUGUCUCGCCGAACAAGGUCAUUACGCCGCAGCGGCACGGGGAUGUGUACAUCUACAACAGCUCGCCGGGAACAUUGUGUGGAGCGCCGCGUUCACCGCAUCCUCAGCAGAUUUACGGCAACCAAAGCAUCUAUCAGAACCUCGGCAUGAUGAUGGGCACACCGAAUGGCAAUGGCAAUGGUAACGGCAGCGAGUUCGAGACCUACGACAUACCCAAGCCGGCGACGCCUGUGCCCCUGAACUAUGAUGGUCCGGGCAGGCAGGGCGUGCGAACGCCCACAACGGGCUCUGCGCUGGGCGCCCGAUUCGAUUCGCUCAAGAGCGUCGGCGCUUCCAUGUCCAUUGAGGAGGAGUCCUACGAUGUGCCACGCCCACUGCUGCAACAGCAGCAGCAGCAGCCGCAGCACACGCUAACACCCAGCAGUUCGGCAUCCUCACUGCUGACCAGCGACAGCCUGUCGCUGAGCUUCUCCAGCUCCAAUCGCAGCUCGCUGGCCAACAUGCCGGACUAUGAUAUACCACGCCGUAAUCCGUUGCCCGUGCGACAUCAGCGGCCGCAUGCCGCCAGCUACGACUUUCCGCUGCUGCCGCCGCUCCAGGAGCAGGAUCAGCAGCAGCAGCGCAUGUCAACCCACCAGCCCACCAAUGGCAGCCAAGCGCUGAGCAGCACCAAGGAGCUGCCGCUGGAGCUGAACUCGGCGCUGGAGACGCUGGCCAAGCUACAGUCGCAGACAACGCAGGCCAUAACGCGUCUGCUCAGCUUUGUGGUGCCGCAUUGGCGCACCCGAGCACAGCUGGAGCCGCACAUUAUGGAACUGCGGCUGGCUGCACUGCGUCUGCGCACCGCGCUGCACGAUCUGGCCGAGUUUGGCGAAGGUGCUCUGGGCAAUGCGCAGCGUUCCGAGGACAGGAAUUUGGCCCUUAAGCUGCGGCCGUUGGUGCGUGCCCUGCGCGAUGCCAACAAGCUCAUCCAGGACUCCUCCGAGGCGUUGGAUGCACAGGGUGGUGGCUGGUCCGUGGAACAGCUGGCGCGCAGCGAUGAGAAGCACGGCUGCCGGCCACCCGAUAGUCUGGAUCAGCUGAUGGCCUGCGCCCAGACACUCACCGAGGAUGUGCGCUCCACGACCAGCUUCAUCCAGGGCAAUGCUUCGCUUCUGUUCAAGCGCCAGCUGCCCGCGGAGCAGGCCGGCUCACAGAAUGGGAGCAGUCGCGGCAGCGCCGAGUGGCUGGAGGACUACGACUAUGUGGCCUUCGAGUCCAAGGAUGCCGCUGCCAAAAAGAAUCAGGCUCUACGUGAUGCCAUACCCGCCGGCCUCAAGACCCAGUUCGAUUGCGCGCUCAAGAUCGCCGAGUGCACGGCCAUGGGCACGUCGGUGCCCGCGGCAGUGCCCACCACGCCCACAGCCGCGCCCAACAAGUCGCCGGAGAUGACAGACAAGGACAAGAAGGUGGUGCGCUACUAUGCGCAGCAGAUCACCACGCAUAUGGGCAAUCUGCUGCAGGCGAUCGAUUCGUUCCUGGAGACGGUAGAGAAGAAUCAGCCGCCGAAGUUUUUCAUCGCCUACGGCAAGUUUGUUGUGGUCAGCGCACAUAAUCUGGUCAGCAUUGGUGACGAUGUGCAUCGCAAUAUCUCCAAGGAGGCGUUGCGCGAGAAGAUACUGCAUUGCACCAAUGCCCUCUCCGAUGCGCUCAAGACCUGUGUGCUCAAGUCCAAGAAGGCGGCGGCACAUUUCCCCAGCGGCAGUGCCGUCCAAGAAAUGGUCGACUCCGUGGUGCACAUCAAUAAUCUGGCGCGUGAUCUCAAGACGGUGAUGCUGCAGGCCGUUAAAUUGUCCGCCGGAGAUGGAGCCUGAAUUGAUAGCUGUGCUUCGAGGCGACAAUCCAAAGCAGACAGUAUUUCGUAGGCUUCCAAGGUCUUCCAGGCAGGCAGCUGGCAAUGUUCCUUACUCUGGUAACCACGCUUUGACUAUGCAAUAAACCCAACAGCAUCCCCGCACGCAUCGAUCCUCGAUAUACAUAUAUAUAUAUAUAUACAUAUAUAUGAAUACAUAUAUCAUUUGCAUUGUGAUAUUUUGGAGCAAACAUCUGAAAAAUGCACAUCUCCCGAUAUCAUACAUAUAUGUGUACAUGGAUCACGCAUAUGUAUAUAUAUUUUGCGAUAAAUAUGCAUAAUAA